AUGGCACCGGUGCCAGAAUUAACUAACUUGACUGUCACGUUGAAAGAUGCCGUUGCUGUUCUAACGUACAACCGCCCCAAGGCUGGCAAUGCUCUCAGUCUCGGGCUAAUGCAGGAUCUUUUGGUCGGACUAAGAUGGGCAGACAAUGACGAUAGAGUGAAAGUAAUUGUACAAACCGGAGAGGGAAGGCUGUUCACGGCGGGACUGGACCUGCAAGACAAAGCGAUCGUUACGAAAGAUACGGUCUUAAGCAACGAGUUUUCAAAGGUCAUAUGCGAGGUCCAUAAAACCAUGAUCAACUCCGACAAAGUUUUGGUCACUGCUGUCAAUGGAGCGGCUCCAGGUUGGGGUACAAGCUCUUUGGCUCUUGCAGACUUGGUGUACGCAUCGCCAGAUGCCUACUUUUUCACGCCUUUUGUCCAGCUAGGCAUUUGCGCGGAAGCAUGCUCAAGCGUUACGUUCGCAAAAAUUAUGGGACACCAGAAAGCGGCAUCUCUCCUGCUAGCUGGCGACAGGUUCUCGGCCGCGGAGCUUGAGAGCGCCGGUUUGGUGACAAAGGUACUUCCCAAGGAGAACUUUUUGGAGGCUGUGCUGGCACAGUGCUAUAGGAUUGCCAAGCUGCCAUCCGAGUCGCUCAAGCUUAAUAAGAGAAUGAUGAUGAGGAGUUGUCGACAAGAGUUGCUCGAUGUGAAUGACUUCGAGCUUGAGGAACUUGGUAAGAAGGCGAGAAGCCAGGAGGCAAGAGCUGCGGUCGAAGGAUUUCUUGCGGAUCAAGCAAGCAGGAAGAAGGGGAAACCUCCGGCAAAGCUAUGA